AUGGUUUCACGACUUAGUUCUUCAGUAGUUUCACGAUUAUUGAGCUUAAAUUGUACAUCAACAUGUGCUCCGAUUUCAUCAAUUGCUCAUCAAUACCGAUCUGCAUCAACUAGUCCGAAUCUCAAUGAAGUAGUUAUAGUGAGUGCUGUUCGAACACCAAUUGGUUCAUUUCGUGAAAGUCUUGCAUCUGUACCAGCCGUUAAACUUGGUGCUGCAGCUAUAAAAGCAUGUUUAGAACGUGCAAAAAUACCUGCUAAUCGUGUCCAAGAAGUUUAUAUGGGUUAUGUUGUUCAAGCUGGUGUUGGUCAAGCUCCAGCACGACAAGCAUCACUCUAUGCAGGUUUAACACAAGAAAUACUCUGUACAACAGUAAAUAAAGUAUGUGCAAGUGGUAUGAAAGCUAUUAUAAUUGUCGGUGGUAUGGAAAGCAUGUCAAAUGCACCAUAUUAUUUUCCAAGAGGAGAUAUACCUUAUGGAAAUCUUCAAAUGGAAGAUGGUAUUGCUAAAGAUGGUUUAGUUGAUGCUUGUGAUCGAAUUCCAAUGGGUUUGUGUGCAGAACAAACUGCUAAGAAAUAUAACUUAACUCGUGCUGAUCAAGAUGCUUUUGCUAAAUUAUCUUAUGAACGAACAGCAAGAGCAUGGAAAGAAGGAAAAUUCAAUGCUGAAAUCAAUGCAUCAAAAAUUAAUGAUGGUGCAGCUGCUUGUUUAUUAAUGACACGUCAAGCUGCUGAUGGACUUGUUUGUAAACCAAUAGCUCGAAUCAUUGCUUUUGCUGAUGCUGCAACAGCUCCAGUUGAUUUCAGUAUAGCACCUGCUUUGGCCGUUCCAAAGCUUUUAACGCUUGCCAAAGUUGAUAAAAAUGAUAUUGCAUUAUGGGAAUUUAAUGAGACAUUUAGUUCUGUUGCUUUAGCUAAUGCUAAAAUACUUGGUCUUAGUAUUGAUAAAAUGAAUGUAGAUGGUGGUGCCGUUGCACUUGGACAUCCAAUUGGCAUGUCUGGUGCAAGAAUUGUCGUGCAUUUAUGUCAUAGUUUAAAGUCUGGUCAAAAAGGUGUUGCUGGUGUAUGUAAUGGUGUUGGUGGUGCAUCAAAUAUUUUAAUUGAAAAACUUUAA